UAGACAUUCUCUAACGUAUAGCCUACAAUAGAAAGAUACACAAUUACACAUCUGUCAAUCUGCCAUGUAUCUGACAUUAAACGAGGCCUUUGAAAAAGCAGGGCUCUUGGGAAAAUGGCAAAUAAUAUUUAUUAUUGGGCUAUCUUUAUACAGUAUCCCGUCAUCUUGGACGUGGUCAGCCGGUAUUGUAUUUCAGGCUGGUGUCCCGGACCACUGGUGCGCUAAUUACGAGCUAGCAAACAGAGGUAACCUUUCUAGGGACCAAAUCAAGCGAAUAUCAAUACCUACAGAGGUGAAGUUCGAUGGAAGUGCGGGAUACAGUAAGUGCAUGCAAUAUGAUCGGAACUACAGCACGUUCUCGGACGAAGAACUCAUCAAAUGGAACGUGACAUUAAGAACCGAAUGGGCAACCGCCAUGAAUGUAUCAGAGAGAGUGGUGAAGUGCAAAUCUUGGGAAUAUGACACAUCGGUCUUUACAGUCACAACAGUAUCACAAUUCAACUUAGUAUGUGAUGAUGAUUGGAAGUUGGCAUUCUCUUCAAGCGCAUUUAUGGCAGGGAUGUUUCUGGGUGCUAUCUCAGCGGGUGCUUUCUCAGACAAAUUUGGGAGAUACAAAACAUGUAUAAUAUGUUUACUACUACAAAUGGUUGUAUCGUUUGCAUUGGCCUUUCCUCCAAACUACAUCGUCUGGGUGGUUCUUAGGUUCUUAUUCGGCUUUACUGGUCUUGGCUUUUUCACGGCUCUUUUUGUCCUAAACACUGAAAUGAUUCAUCAGAAGUACAGAGUGAAAUGGUUUUCAAUAAGUGGUUUCAUAUACAUAGGAGGUUACCUGAUGAUACCUGGAAUAGCAUUCCUUCUUAAAGACUACCACUGGCAACAAUUGGCAAUGUCCGUACCUCUCAUUCCAUUCGUAUUGUGUAUAUGGUAUCUGCCAGAGUCCCCAAGAUGGCUUCUUACUCAAGGGCGCCAAAAAGAAGCCUUGAAAAUUCUUAAAAGUAUUGGUAGGAUUAAUAAAAAGGAAUUGCCAGACAAUGUAGAAAUACAAAUGAAUGAUGUAACGCCAAGUGCCAAUGUUAUUGAUUUGUUUCGAACCCCUGGUCUUCGGAAUAGAACGUUCAAUGUCUAUUACCAGUGGUUUAUAAACGUGACUGUCUAUUAUGGGCUCACGUUAAAUAUGGGUAGCCUACCUGGAAACAUUUAUCUCAACUUUUUCCUGUCUGGUCUUGGAGAGAUACCAGGAAAAUUCAUCAUGCUGCUAACUCUUGAUAGGUUUGGUAGAAAACGCCCUCUGGCAGUUGCUGAGUUACUCGCCGGGUUGUGUUUAUUGGGAUGUUUACCUGUCAUUUACAGAUCUGAUUUAAGUGCUGUUCGAACUGCAUUAGCACUUAUAGGUAGAGUUUUUAUAUCCGCUUCAUUUGGUAUGGUUUAUAUGUUCACUGCGGAGUUGUACCCAACUGUCUGUAGAAACGUAGCAAUAGGGUCUGCAUCAACACUCGGAAGGAUAGGCGCAGUAUUAGCCCCACAGUUGUCACUUCUGGAUAAAUAUUGGGCAGGAUUGUCAACACUUGUGUUUGGGGUUAUGGCAAUUUUGGCAGCACUCCUAGUGCUCCUUCUUCCUGAUACUUUGGACACAGCUCUCCCAGAAAGUAUUGAAGAGAGUGAACACUUUGGAAAGAAAAAAAUGGGACGGGAACUGAAGUUCAAACCAAACGCUGAUUUGUGUGACUAUGACAUAAACAAAGACAAACCGGAAAUGGAAAAGUUCAUAUCUACUGCAUAAUGAAGCUUGCGCCAUUGCAUUUGUGUUUAAUAUUAGAUACUCACAUUUUCGGUCACCUUGUAUUACCUGUAACUACUUAGACGAGUGUACUCAACAGAUUGAUACUCAUUUGGACGCCAGGAAGUGAGACAAUUCUUGAUGACAUCGCCUCUGAGGUCACAUAAUAUUGUCAAAUUGUUUCCCUUUUCAGACAUACUACAUCAUAUCUAUAUAUUUGCAGUAAAGACUGAAUACUCGCAUCGGCAUGUAAAUUAAAACUAAUUAUUUCAAAAGCAAAGGCUAACCAAAUAAUCUGACACAAGGUUUGUUGUGCUAAAAUUUCUUUAAACAAAUAUCACAUUUGCAACUCCUCUUUCCAGUAUGGAUCUUGAAAUGAGAUUCAAGUGACCUAUAAAGUGAUCAAAUGACAUUUUGAUUAAACCUGCACAUCACU